AGAGGUUCAAGAUUUGGAAGGUUUGGAAGCCCUUACUCACUGAUAGCUGUCAGUACCUUGGAUUCCUUUGUGACUCCUCACAUCUAGAAAGUCCUCUCAUGUUUUCUGGAGUGGCAUAGUCCUGUACUGCCUCAGGGAAGAGGCUCUCAGUGGUGUUGGUUUCAUGCCACAGAAAAACCAUGGCAAGUUCCAGAGGUACCUCGCGUUCUCCUCGGGACAUCGCCAAUGUGAUGCAGAGGCUGCAAGAUGAGCAAGAGAUUGUACAAAAGCGUACUUUCACAAAAUGGAUCAACUCUCAUCUGGCCAAGCGGAAGCCCCCUAUGGUGGUGGAUGAUCUUUUUGAAGACAUGAAAGAUGGUGUCAAACUGCUUGCUCUCCUAGAGGUCCUGUCUGGUCAGAAACUGCCUUGUGAACAAGGACGUCAUAUGAAGCGAAUCCAUGCGGUGGCAAACAUCGGCACUGCACUCAAGUUUCUGGAAGGAAGAAAGAUUAAACUAGUCAACAUUAACUCCACUGAUAUAGCUGAUGGCCGACCAUCAAUAGUUCUUGGAUUGGUGUGGACCAUUAUUCUAUAUUUCCAGAUUGAAGAGUUGACCAGCAACCUGCCACAGCUACAGUCUCUGUCCAGCAGUGCCUCUUCUGUGGACAGCAUCGUCAGCUCUGAGACCGCCAGCCCACCAAGCAAGCGCAAGGUGGCCACCAAGAUCCAAGGAAAUGCCAAGAAAGCUCUAUUAAAAUGGGUGCAGUACACAGCAGGCAAGCAGAUCGGAAUAGAAGUGAAAGAUUUUGGGAGAAGUUGGAGAAGUGGAGUUGCCUUCCAUUCCGUUAUCCAUGCCAUCCGACCUGAGUUGGUGGACUUAGAGAAGGUGAAAGGCAGAUCUAACAGAGAAAAUCUGGAGGAUGCUUUCACUAUUGCUGAAACACAACUGGGCAUUCCAAGACUGCUGGACCCUGAAGAUGUUGAUGUGGAUAAGCCAGAUGAGAAGUCCAUUAUGACUUAUGUGGCCCAGUUUCUGAAACAUUAUCCUGACGUCCACAAUGCAGGCAGUGAUGGGCUAGAAAACGAUAGAGAAGACAGACUAAUUUUGAAGGAAAUGAAAGUUUGGAUAGAACAAUUUGAAAGAGAUUUGACAAGGGCACAGAUGACAGAAUCGAAUUUGCAGGAUAAGUAUCAGUCAUUUAAACACUUCAGAGUCGAAUAUGAAAUAAAAAGGAAACAGAUUGAACAUUUAAUUCAACCAUUACACAGAGAUGGUAAAUUGUCACUUGACCAAGCAUUGGUAAAACAAUCCUGGGACAGAGUGUCCUCCAGGCUGUUUGAUUGGCAUAUACAGCUUGAUAAAUCUCUUCCUGCGCCUCUGGGCACUAUAGGUGCCUGGCUGUACAGGGCAGAGGUGGCCCUGAGAGAGGAAAUAACCAUUCAGCAAGUCCAUGAGGAAACAGCAAACACAAUACAACGGAAACUGGAGCAACAUAAGGAUCUGCUUCAAAACACAGAUGCCCACAAAAGAGCAUUCCAUGAAAUCUAUCGGACCAGGUCUGUCAACGGGAUCCCAGUGCCACCUGAUCAAUUAGAGGACAUGGCCGAGAGGUUUCACUUUGUUUCCUCCACAUCAGAGCUGCACUUAAUGAAAAUGGAAUUUCUAGAAUUAAAGUACCGUCUGCUCUCACUGCUGGUUCUUGCAGAGUCAAAGCUAAAGUCUUGGAUCAUCAAGUACGGGAGACGAGAGUCGGUGGAGCUGCUUCUACAAAACUACAUUUCUUUCAUAGAAAAUAGCAAGUUCUUUGAACAAUAUGAAGUGACAUACCAGAUCCUGAAACAGACAGCUGAGAUGUACGUCAAAGCAGACGGUUCAGUGGAAGAAGCUGAGAAUGUGAUGAAAUUCAUGAAUGAAACCACAGCUCAGUGGAGGAAUCUCUCAGUUGAAGUACGGAGUGUGAGGAGCAUGCUGGAGGAAGUGAUCUCUAACUGGGAUCGCUAUGGCAACACAGUGGCUAGUCUUCAAGCCUGGCUAGAGGAUGCUGAAAAAAUGCUAAGUCAAUCAGAAACUGCCAAAAAGGAUUUUUUUCGAAAUUUGCCUCAUUGGAUUCAGCAGCAUACCGCCAUGAAUGAUGCUGGCAAUUUUCUAAUUGAAACUUGUGAUGAGAUGGUUUCCCGUGACCUUAAGCAGCAAUUACUACUGCUCAAUGGGAGGUGGAGGGAGUUGUUUAUGGAAGUCAAGCAAUAUGCUCGAGCAGAUGAGAUGGACAGAAUGAAGAAGGAAUAUACAGACUGUGUUACUACCCUCUCUGUUUUCACAACUGAAGCCCAUAGGAAGUUUUCAGAGCCCUUCGACGUCUCUUUUAUUAACAUCAAGUUGUUAAUUCAAGACUUAGAGGAUAUUGAGCAGAGGGUGCCUGUAAUGGAUGCCCAGUACAAGAUGAUCACAAAGACAGCACAUCUCAUUGCCAAAGAGAGCCCCCAAGAAGAAGCCAGCGAGAUGUUUGCAACCAUGUCCAGGCUCAAAGAGCAGCUAGCCAAGGUCAAAGAGUGCUACUCUCCACUUCUGUAUGAGUCUCAGCAGCUGGUGGUUCCAUUGGAGGAAUUAGAAAAGCAGAUAACAUCUUUCUAUGACUUACUCGGAAAAAUCAAUGACAUUAUAACAGUUCUUGAGCGUGAGGCACAAUCUAGUGCUCUUUUUAAACAAAAACAUCAGGAGCUGCUAGCUUGUCAAGAAACCUGUAAGAAAACCUUGGGGCUUGUUGAGAAAGGCAGUCAAACCAUUCAAAAAUUUGUGACCUUGAGCAAUGUGUUAAAGCAUUUUGAUCAGACGAAGCUACAAAGACAGAUUGCUGAUGUUCAUGUUGCUUUUCAGAAUAUGGUAAAGAAAACGGGGGACUGGAAGAAGCAUGCGGAAACCAACAGUCGCUUGAUGAAGAAAUUCGAGGAGUCUCGGGCAGAGUUGGAGAAAGUGCUGCGGGUCGCACAGGAGGGCCUUGAGGAGAAGGGGGAUCCCGAAGAGCUGCUGCCGAAACACACUGAGUUUUUCAGUCAGCUGGAUCAGAGAGUCCUCAAUGCUUUCCUGAAAGCCUGCGAUGAGCUCACGGACAUCCUCCCUGAGCAGGAGCAACAGGGGCUGCAGGAGGCUGUGAGAAAGCUCCAUAAACAAUGGAAGGAUCUUCAAGGAGAGGCCCCUUAUCAUUUGCUGCAUUUGAAGAUUGCUGUGGAGAAGAAGAGAUUCUUAGCCUCUGUAGAAGAAUGCAUGGCUGAGCUGGAGAGAGAGACCAAGCUGGUGCCCCAGGAAGGCAGUGAAAAUAUCAUUAAGGAGCACAGGAUUUUCUUCAGUGACAAAGGUCCUCAUCAUCUCUGUGAGAAAAGGUUACAACUCAUUGAAGAAUUGUGUGGGAAACUCCCAGUCCGGGACCCAGUAAGGGAAACACCUGUAACCUGUCACACGGCCCUGAAAGAGCUCAGAGCUGCCAUUGACUGCACCUAUGCGAAGCUUGUGGAUGACCCAGACAAGUGGAAAGACUACGCCAGCAGAUUUUCUGAGUUGUCAUCUUGGAUAGCUGCAAAGGAGACGCAGUUGAAGGCCUUCAAGGAUAAGGCCAUUGAGACUACCAACUACAGCGAGGUUAAACAUGCCUCCGAUGAGAUCAGGAAUGAUGUUGCCAAAAAAGGGGAGACACUCAGCUGGCUGAAAUCCAGGCUGAAAAUUUUGAUUGAAGUUUCUUCUGAGACUGAAGCACAAAAGCAAGGAGAUGAGCUGGCAAAACUGUCUAGCUCUUUCAAGGCUCUCGUGGCUUUGCUGUCAGAGGUUGAAAAGAUGUUAAGCAACUUUGGGGACUGUGUUCAGUACAAAGAAAUUGUAAAAAGUUCCCUUGAAGAAUUAAUUUCUGGCUCUCAAGAAGUCCAGGAACAAGCUGAGAAGAUCUUGGACACUGAAAAUCUGUUUGAAGCACAGCAAUUACUUCUUCAUCACCAGCAAAAGAUGAAGAUGAUCUCAGCCAAGAAGAGGGACCUACAGCAGCAGAUGGCGCAGACGCAGCAGACAGAAGGCAGGCUGGCUGGCCCUGGCCGGGAGGAGCUUCAGAAGCUAGAGAGCACCCUGGCCAGUGUGGAGCAGGGCAGGGAGAGGCAGGAACGCCGCAUCCAGGUCACCUUAAGGAAAUGGGAGCGAUUUGAGACAAACAAAGAGACAGUGGUCAGAUACCUUUUUCAAACUGGUUCCAGCCAUGAACGCUUCCUGAGUUUUAGCAGUUUGGAAAGCUUAUCUUCAGAACUGGAACAGACAAAGGAAUUUUCUAAGCGGACAGAAAGUAUUGCAAUCCAGGCUGAGAACCUGGUUAAGGAAGCUUCAGAGAUACCACUGGGGCCCAAGAAUAAGCAAUUGCUUCAGCAACAGGCUGCGUCAAUCAAAGAGCAGGUCAAAAAACUAGAAGACACGCUUGAAGAAGAUAUUAAAACCAUGGAAAUGGUGAAAAACAAGUGGGAUCAUUUUGGCAGUAAUUUUGAGAACCUGUCCGUCUGGAUAACUGAAAAAGAGAAAGAACUCAAUGCCUUGGAAACUUCAUCCUCUGCCAUGGACAUGCAGAUCAGCCAAAUUAAGGUGACAAUCCAGGAGAUUGAGAGUCAGAUCAGCAGCAUUACAGGGUUAGAAGAAGAAGCUCAGUCUUUUGCUCAGUUUAUUACCACUGGGGAAUCUGCUCGAAUCAAAGCCAAGUUGACACAGAUAAGAAGAUACUGGGAAGAGCUCCGAGAGCAUGCUCAGUGCCUUGAAGGAACAGUCCUGGGGCAUUUGUCUCAGCAGCAAAAGUUUGAAGACGAUCUUCAAAAGAUCCAGCAGUCUGUGUCUGAAUUUGAAGACAAACUUAAUGAUCCAAUUAAAAUAUGUUCUUCGGCUACAGAAACAUACAGAGUUCUCCAAGAACAUAUGGAUCUCUGUCAGGCCCUGGAGUCCCUGAGCAGCACAGUGACUGCCCUCUCUGCCAGUGCCCGGAAGGUGGUGCACAGAGAAUCCUGCCUGCAGGAAGCGGCUGCUCUGCAACAACGUUAUGAGGGGACCCUCCGGAAGGCUAAGGAGAGACAGACUGCGCUGGAGGACCUUCUGGCCCACUGGCAGAGGCUCGAGAAAGAACUGUCAUCCUUUUUGACCUGGUUAGAGCGAUGUGAAGCCAUGGCCAGUUCCCCAGAAAUGGGCAUGUCUGCAGACAGAGUCAAAGUGGAGGGUGAACUUCAAUUAAUACAGGCCCUACAGGGUGAAGUGGUGUCUCAGGCCUCCUCCUACAGCAGCCUCUUGCAGUUGAAGGAGUCACUCUUCUCAGUCACCUCCAAGGAAGAUGUAAAAAUGAUCAGAGUACAUUUGGAGCAGCUGGACGAGAGGUGGAGAGACCUACCACAGAUAAUUGGGAAGAGGAUUAAUUUUCUUCAGUCUGUGGUUGCUGAACACCAGCAAUUUGAUGAGCUGCUGCUUUCUGUUUCUGUCUGGAUCAAAGCAUUUCUCAGUGAAUUACAAUCUACUUCUGAGAUAAGCAUCAUGGACCAUCAAGUAGCUUUUACUCGGCAGAAGGAUCAUGCAACAGAAAUAGAGAACAAAAAGGGAGAGCUGCAGAGUCUGCAGGGUCACUUGGCAAAGCUGGGGUCUUUGGGCCAUGCUGAGGACCUCCAUCUGCUCCAGGGCAAGGCGGAGGACUGCCUGCAGCUCUUCGAGGAGGCCAAUCAGGUGGUAGAGAGGAGGCAGCUUGCCCUGUCCCAGCUGGCAGAGUUCCUGCAGACCCACGCCUCUCUGUCCGGGGUUCUCCACCAGCUGAGGCAAACGGUGGAAGCAACCAACAGCAUGAACAAGAAGCAGUCUGACUUGUUGGAGAAGGACCUCGGGGACGCCAUUCGGGAUGUUAAAGCGUUGGAGUCCACUGCCAUCGGUCUCGAUGGCCUUCUUACCAAAGCCCAGUACCAUCUGAAAAGUGGGAGCGGGGAGCAAAGGACGUCCUGUAGAGCCAUGGCUGAUCAGCUCUGUGCAGAAUUAGAGAGGAUCCAGAGCCUUCUGGGGACCAAGCAGAGUGAGGCGGAUGCACUCGCAGUGUUGAAGAAAGCAUUUGAAGACCAGAGAGAGGAGCUGCUGAAAAGCAUUGAGGACAUCGAAGAGAGGACUGACAAGGAAGGCCUGAAGGAGCCCACCCGCCAAGCUCUUCAGCAGAGGUUGAGAGUGUUCAAUCAGUUAGAAGAUGAAUUGAAUUCUCAUGAACAUGAGCUAUGCUGGUUGAAAGACAAAGCUAAACAAAUCGCCCAGAAGGAUGUAGCUUUUGCACCUGAAGUCGACAGAGAGAUAAACCGCUUAGAAGUCACCUGGGAUGAUACCAAAAAGCUAAUUCAUGAAAACCAGGGUCAGUGCUGUGGACUUAUUGAUUUGAUGAGAGAGUAUCAGAACUUGAAGUCAACUGUGUCUCAGGUCCUAGAAAGUGCCAGCAGUGUCAUUGUGACCAGAACUACCAUAAAAGAUCAAGAGGACCUUAAAUGGGCUGUUUCUAAGCAUGAAUCUGCCAAGAAUGAAAUGAAUUGUAAGCAGAAAGAAUUGGACAAUUUUACCAGUAAAGGCAAACACUUGUUAUCUGAACUGAAAAAAGUCCACAGUAGUGAUUUCGCCUUGGUGAAAACAGACAUGGAAGGAACCGUGGACAAGUGGCUGGAUGUAUCAGAGAAAAUUGAAGAAAGCAUAGAUAGGCUGAGGGGCGGCCUGUCCAUUUGGGAGGAUGUACUUUCAAGUAAAGAUGAGAUCGAGGGGUGGUCCAAUAAUUCUCUUCCACAGCUGUCUGAAAAUAUCAACAACCUGAACAACAGCCACAAAACUGAAGAAUUUCUUAGAGAAUUUGAGUCUGAAGUUAAAAACAAAGCACUGAAAUUGGAAGAACUGCAUUCCAAAGUUAAUACACUCAAAGAAUUAACUAAAAAUCCGGAAACACCACCAGACCUUCAGUUUAUAGAAGCAGACUUAAGGCAGAAACUGGAGCAUGCCAAAGAAAUAACAGAAGAAGCCAAAGGAACCUUGAAGGAUUUCACUGCUCGAAGUACACAAGUGGAGAAGUUUAUCGACGACAUCACAGUGUGGCUGGCAAGAGUGGAAGAGUCGCUGAGGAGCUGCGCCCAAGCGGAGACUUGCGAAGGGCUGAGGAAAGUGAAGGAUAUACAAAAAGAGCUUCAAAGUCAGCAGAGCAACAUCAGCUCUACCCAGGAAAACCUCAAUAGCUUGUGCCGCAAGUACCACUCGGUGGAGCUGGAGAGCCUGGGCCGGGCCAUGACAGGGCUGAUAAAGAAGCAGGAAGCUGCCAGCCAGUUGUGCUCCAAGACCCAGGCCAGCCUGCAGGAUUCCCUGGAAAAGCAUUUCAAUGAUUCUAUGCGGGAAUUCCAAGAAUGGUUUUUGGGAGCAAAAGCAGCAGCCAAGGAAUCAUCUGAUAGGACUGGCGACAGCAAAGUCCUAGAGGCAAAGCUCCAGGACCUUCAGAAUAUCUUGGACUCAGUCAGUGAUGGGCAGAGCAAGCUUGAUGCCGUAACUCAAGAAGGACAAACUCUGUAUGCAUACUUGCCUAAGCAAAUUGUCAGCAGCAUCCAGGAGCAAAUCACAAAGGCUAAUGAAGAGUUUCAAGCAUUUCUGAAGCAAUGUCUGAAGGACAAACAGGCUCUACAAGACUGUGUUUCAGAGUUGGGAAGCUUUGAGGAUCAGCACAGAAAACUGAACUUAUGGAUCCAUGAGAUGGAAGAAAGAUUCAACACUGAAAACUUGGGAGAGAGUAAACUGCACAUUCCUGAGAAGAAAAAUGAAGUUCAUAAAGUUGAAAUGUUUCUCGGGGAACUACUAGCUGCAAGAGACUCUCUGGAUAAGCUUUCCCAGAGAGGGCAGCUUCUCAGCGAGGAAGGCCAUGGUGCUGGGAAAGAAGGCCGCCUGUGCUCCCAGCUCCUCACUAGCUACCAGAACUUGCUCAGGAUGACCAAGGAGAGACAUCGGAACUGCCAGCUGGCCCUGCAGGAGCAUGAAGCUCUGGAGGCAGCCCUGCAGAGUAUGUGGUCCCGGGUGACAGACGUUCGAGACAGACUGGCCUGUGCCCAGAGCACUGUCGGGAGCAAAGAGACCUUGGAGAAACGACUGUCACAGAUACAGGACAUUCUCCUGAUGAAAGGGGAAGGAGAAGUUAAGUUGAAUAUGGCCAUUGGCAAAGGAGAACAGGCCUUGAGAAGUAGCAACAGAGAAGGUCAGAAGGCCAUUCAGACCCAGCUGGAGACCCUGAAGAACGUGUGGGCUGACAUCAUGAGCUCCUCUGUCCAUGCUCAGAGCACUCUGGAGUCUGUGAUUAGCCAAUGGAAUGACUAUCUAGAGAAGAAAAGCCAGUUGGAGCAGUGGAUGGAAUCCAUAGAUCAAAAAGUAGAACAGCCCUUACAGCUGCAGCCAGGGCUGAAAGAGAAAUUUUCUCUGCUGGAUCACUUCCAGUCCAUCGUGUCGGAGGCGGAAGAUCAUGCCGGAGCGCUACACCACCUGGCCGCCAAGUCCAGAGAGCUCUACGAGAAGACACAGGAUGAGUCUUUCAAGGAGACAGUUCACAAGGAGCUGAAGACACAGUUCCAUGACAUAACCACUGUGGCCAAGGAAAAAUUGAGGAAAGUGGAAGAGAUUGUGAAAGACCAUCUCAUGUACUUGGAUGCCGUCCAGGAGUUCACCGAUUGGCUCCACUCGGCAAAGGAAGAACUUCACCGGUGGUCAGACAUGUCUGGGGACUCAUCAGCCGCCCAGAAAAAGUUAUCAAAAAUUAAGGAGCUGAUAGAUUCCAGAGAGAUUGGUGCAGGCCGCCUGAGCAGAGUGGAGUCGCUGGCCCCUGAAGUGAAACAGAACACAGCUGCCAGUGGGUGUGAGCUCAUGCAGACGGAGAUGCAGGCCCUGCGCGCCGACUGGAAGCAGUGGGAAGACAGUGUGCUCCAAACGCGGAGCAGCCUGGAGAACCUGGUCAGUCAAAUGGCCCUUUCGGAGCAGGAGUUCUCAGGCCAGGUGGCCCAACUGGAGCAGGCCCUGGAGCAGUUCGGUGCCCUUCUGAAAACCUGGGCUGAGCAGUUAGCCCUCCUGGAAGGCAAGAACACGGACAAGGAGAUAGUGGAAUCCUGGCACAAAGGACAAGAAAUCCUAGAUGAUCUACAAAAAGCAGAGCCCACAACAGAGAAUCUCAAGUCUCAGCUUAAUGAACUUUGUCGAUUUUCCAGAGACCUGAGUACUUACAGUGGGAAAGUUUCUGGCUUGAUUAAAGAAUAUAACUGUCUUUGUUUGCAAGCAUCCAAGGGCUGCCAGAAUAAAGAACAGAUUUUGCAGCAAAGGUUUAGAAAAGCCUUCCGGGAUUUCCAGCAGUGGUUGGUUAAUGCAAAGAUCACUACCGCCAAAUGUUUUGAUAUACCUCAGAAUAUUAGUGAAGUGACGACAAGUCUUCAGAAAAUACAGGAGUUUUCGUCAGAAAGUGAAAAUGGGCAGCAUAAGCUGAACACGAUGCUGUCAAAGGGAGAACUUCUGAGUGCUCUGCUGACCAAAGAGAAAGCAAAAAGUGUCCAGGCCAAGGUUGAAACUGCAAAAGAAGAUUGGAAGAGCUUUCAUUCAAACCUCCACCAAAAGGAAUCUGCCUUGGAGAAUCUAAAGAUCCAAAUGAAGGACUUUGAGGUAAGCGCAGAACCUGUGCAGACCUGGCUGAGUAAGACUGAGAAGCUGGUCCAGGAAAGCAGCAGCCGCCUCUACGAUCUGCCAGCCAAGAGGAGGGAGCAGCAGAAGCUCCAGGAGAAAGUGUCGAGACUGGACAGAAUCGUUGCAGAGCACAAUCAGUUCUCCCUCGGGGUUAAAGAGUUGCAAGACUGGAUGACAGACACCGUUCACGUACUGGAUUCUUACUGUCACCCAACAUCCGACAAAAGCGUGUUGGACAGCAGGAUGCUCAAGCUUGAGGCUCUGCUAUCAGUGAAACAGGAAAAAGAGAUUCAGAUGAAAAUGAUAGUGACCAGGGGGGAAUAUGUUCUGCAGAACACUUCUCCAGAAGGCGUUCCUGCCAUCCAGCAGCAGCUGCAGGCUGUGAAGGAGAGGUGGGCAUCCCUCUUGUCUGCAGCCAUUCGUUGUAAAAGUCAGCUUGAAGGAGCUCUUUCUAAAUGGACAAGCUAUCAGGAUGACGUCCGGCAGUUUUCCAGCUGGAUGGACGGUGUGGAAGCCAGCCUCAAUGAGUCCGAAAGGCAGUGUGCAGAGCUGCGGGAGAAGGUGACUGCGCUCGGCAAAGCCAAGUUGUUAAAUGAAGAAGUAUUGAGUCAUAGCAGCCUGCUGGAGACCAUUGAAGUCAAAGGCGCGGGCAUGACAGAGCACUAUGUCACCCAGUUAGAACUUCAGGAUCUGCAGGAACGAUACCAAACAAUCAAAGAGAGAGCCAAGGAAGUGGUUACCAAAUCUGAAAAACUGGUUCGUCAGCACCAAGAGUAUCAGAGAGACCUACAGGCCUUUCAGGUGUGGCUGGGACAAGAACAAGAAAAGCUUGACCGAUACUCAGUUCUAGAGGGUGAUGCACACACCCUUGAGACAACCUUGCGGGACCUUCAGGAACUGCAAGUGCACUGUGCAGAGGGACAGGCACUGCUCAAUUCAGUGCUGCACACCAGAGAGGACGUGAUCCCAUCAGGCAUCCCCCAGGCAGAGGACCGGGCGCUUGAGUCGCUCCGGCAGGACUGGCAGGCUUACCAGCACAGACUGUCUGAGACCCGGAUGCAGUUCAACAACGUAGUGAACAAGCUGAGGCUGAUGGAGCAGAAGUUCCAGCAAGUUGAUGAAUGGCUAAAAAAAAUGGAGGAGAAAGUGAGUCUCAGGACCGGACGUCAGUCUAACCGAGCCACCAAGGAAUUACAGUUACAUCAGUUGAAGAAGUGGCACGAUGAAGUGGCGGGGCACAGAGAUGAGGUGGAGGAAGUGGGCGCCAGAGCACAGGAGAUCCUGGACGAGAGCCACGUGAACAGCAGGAUGGGCUGCCAGGCCACACAGCUGACCUCCCGAUACCAGGCCCUGCUCCUCCAAGUCCUGGAACAAAUAAACUUCCUGGAAGAAGAGAUCCAGAGUUUGGAGGAAUCAGAAUUCUCUCUCAGUUCCUAUUCCGAUUGGUAUGGCUCUACUCAUAAAAACUUCAAGAAUGUGGCGACUAAAAUUGAUAAAGUAGAUAAAGCCAUGAUGGGGAAGAAGUUGAAGACCUUGGAGGUUUUGUUAAAAGACAUGGAGAAAGGCCACAGUUUGCUAAAAUCAGCCAGAGAGAAAGGAGAGAGGGCUGCUAAGUAUCUGGAGAACGGUGACGCAGAGACAUUAAGAAGAGAGAUCCAUGACCACGUGGAGCAGUUGAAGGAACUGACCAGCACUGUUCGGAAAGAGCACAUGACCCUGGAGAAAGGUCUUCACUUAGCAAAGGAAUUCUCAGAUAAAUGUAAAGCCCUGGCCCGGUGGACCGCAGAAUACCAGGAAGUCCUACGCGUUCCUCAGGAGCCCAAAAUGGAAUUAUAUGAGAAAAAAGCUCAGCUAUCCAAAUACAAGUCCCUACAGCAAAUGGUGCUGUCCCAUGAACCAUCAGUCAACUCGGUGAGAGAGAAAGGUGAAGCUCUUCUGGAACUGGUGCAUGAUGUUACUUUAAAGGACAAAAUAGAUAAACUUCAAGGUGAUUACCAGGACCUCUGCAGCAUGGGAAAGGAGCAUGUACUCAGUCUGGAGGCGAAAGUCAAAGACCAUGAAGACUACAACAGUGAGCUCCAAGAGGUAGAAAAGUGGCUGCUGCAGAUGUCUGGCAGGUUGGUGGCACCUGAUCUUCUGGAGACCAGCAGCCUGGAGAUGAUUACCCAGCAACUGGCCCACCACAAGGCAAUGAUGGAAGAAAUUGCUGGUUUCGAAGAACGUUUGGACAGCCUUAAAAUUAAAGGCGAUGCUUUGAUCAGCCAAUGUGCAGACCAUCUACAAGCAAAGCUGAAACAGAAUGUGCGUGCUCACCUGCAGGGCACAAGGGAUAGCUACUCGGCAAUCUGCAGCACAGCCCAGAGGGUGUACCAGAGUUUGGAACAUGAACUUCAGAAGCAUGUCAGCCGGCAGGACACCCUGCAGCAGUGCCAGGCCUGGCUUUCUGCAGUCCAGCCAGACUUAAAACCCAGCUCGCAGCCACCUCUUAGCAGGACCGAAGCCGUUAAGCAGGUCAAACACUUCAGAGCUUUGCAAGAGCAGGCGAGGACCUACUUGGAUCUCCUUUGCUCCAUGUGUGACUUGUCCAACUCUUCAGUGAAAACCACAGCAAAAGACAUUCAACAAACAGAGCAAAUGAUUGAGCAAAGACUGGUCCAGGCACAGAACUUAACGCAGGGCUGGGAAGAAAUCAAGCACCUGAAAGCUGAGCUCUGGAUUUAUCUUCAGGAUGCUGAUCAGCAGCUGCAGAAUAUGAAGAGAAGGCACUCUGAGCUGGAGCUCAAUAUUGCACAGAACAUGGUUUCCCAAGUAAAGGAUUUCAUGAAGCAACUGCAGUGCAAAGAGGCAUCAGUGGGUGCCAUCUUGGACAAGGUGAAUAACUUAACAAAGAACCAGCAGUCUCCUGAACACAAAGAAGUCAGCCACUUGAAUGAUCAGUGGCUGGAUCUAUGCCUUCAGUCUGACAAGCUUUGCACGCAGAGGGAACAGGACCUUCAGCGGACAAGAGAUUACCACGACCGUAUGAAUGUUGUUGAAGCCUUCUUAGAAAAGUUUACCACGGAAUGGGAUAGCUUGGCCAGAUCCGACGCCGAGAGUACGGCUGUCCACCUGGAAGCUCUGAACAAGUUGGCAUUGGCAUUGCAGGAGAGAAAACACGCCAUCGAGGACCUCAAAGAGCAAAAACAGAAGAUGAUAGAGCAUCUGAACUUAGAUGACAAAGAACUGGUCAAAGAACAGACGAGUCACUUUGAACAGCGCUGGUUUCAGCUCGAGGACCUUGUUAAGAGGAAAAUCCAAGUGUCUGUCACCAACUUGGAGGAGCUGAACGUGGUGCAGUCCCGAUUCCAGGAGCUAAUGGAGUGGGCAGAAGAGCAGCAGCCCAACAUUGCUGAGGCCCUGAAGCAGAGCCCCCCUCCCGACAUGGCUCAGAACCUCCUCAUGGAUCACCUGGCCAUCUGCAGCGAGCUGGAGGCCAAACAGAUGCUCCUGAAAUCGCUCACCAAGGAUGCCGACCGGGUGAUGGCUGAUCUUGGCUUAAACGAGCGGAAGGUGAUCCAGAAGGCCCUUUCGGAUGCACAGAAACACGUGAAUUGUCUGAGCGACUUAGUAGGCCAGCGAAGAAAGUACUUGAACAAGGCCUUGUCUGAGAAAACCCAGUUUCUCAUGGCAGUGUUCCAGGCGACCAGCCAAAUUCAGCAACACGAGCGAAAGAUCAUGUUCCGAGAACACAUCUGCCUGUUACCGGAUGACGUGAGCAAACAAGUGAAAACAUGCAAGAGCGCACAAGCCAGCCUCAAAACCUACCAAAACGAAGUCACUGGACUUUGGGCCCAGGGUCGCGAAUUAAUGAAAGGAGUCACAGAGCAGGAAAAGGGCGAGGUGCUGGGUAAGCUCCAGGAAUUGCAGAGUGUCUAUGACAACGUUUUGCAAAAAUGUGGUCAUCGGUUACAAGAACUGGAGAAGAAUUUAGUUUCAAGGAAGCACUUUAAGGAGGAUUUCGAUAAAGCUUGCCACUGGCUAAAACAAGCAGAUAUUGUUACAUUUCCUGAAAUCAAUCUCAUGAACGAGAGCACAGAGCUUCAUUCACAACUGGACAAAUACCAACAUAUUCUUGAACAAUCUCCAGAAUAUGAAAAUCUUCUACUUACACUCCAGAGAACCGGGCAGGCCAUGUUACCAUCGCUGAAUGAAGUCGAUCAUUCCUACCUGAGCGAAAAGCUUAAUGCUCUGCCCCAACAAUUUAACGUCAUCGUUGCCUUGGCUAAAGACAAGUUCUAUAAAGUCCAAGAAGCAAUUCUCGCUCGGAAAGAAUAUGCUUCCCUGAUAGAGUUGACCGCCCAGUCUCUGAGUGAGCUGGAAGAUCAGUUCUUGAAGAUGAAGAAAGUUCCCACCGACCUGGCCUCUGAAGAGUGUCUGUCUCUUCAGGAGGGCUGCAGAGUCCUGCUGGGCGAGGUGGCAGGCCUUGGGGAGGCGCUGGAUGAACUGAACCAGAAGAAAGAGAGUUUCCGUAGCACAGGUCAGCCCUGGCAGCCAGAUAAGAUGCUGGACCUGGUCGCCAUGUAUCACAGGCUGAAGCGACAAACAGAACAGAGGGUCAGCUUAUUGGAAGACACCACGAGCGCUUACCAAGAACAUGAAAAGAUGUGCCAACAGCUGGAGAGACAGCUGGAGGCUGUGAAAACAGAGCAGACCAAAGUGAAUGAGGAGACUUUGCCUGCAGAGGAGAAGCUCAAAAUGUACCACUCGUUGGCAGGAAGCCUGCAGGACUCGGGGAUUCUGCUGAAGCGGGUGGCCUUGCAUCUGGAGGACCUUGUUCCACAGCUGGAUCCUGUGGCCUAUGAGAGAGCCAAGCAGCAGAUCCAGUCGUGGCAAGAGGAGCUGAAACUCCUGACCACUGGCAUUGGUGGAACCGUGGCAGAGUGUGAGAGCCGAAUGGUGCAGAGCAUCGACUUUCAGACGGAGAUGAGCCGCUCCCUGGACUGGCUGCGCAGGGUGAAGGCCGAGCUCACUGGGCCCGUGUGCCUGGACCUCAGCCUCCAGGACAUCCAGGAGGAAAUCCGAAAGAUCCAGAUCCACCAGGAAGAGGUGCAGUCCAGCCUGAGAAUCAUGAGGGCCCUGAGUAGCAAGGAGAAGGAGAAGUUCACAAAGGCCAAGGAACUGAUCACAGCUGACCUGGAGCACACCCUCGCUGAGCUCGCGGAGCUGGACGGAGACGUGCAGGAAGCCCUGCGCACCCGGCAGGCUACCUUGACUGAAAUAUAUAGUCAGUGUCAAAGGUAUUAUCAAGUAUUCCAAGCAGCUAAUGACUGGCUUGAGGAUGCCCAAGAAAUGUUACAGCUGGCGGGCAAUGGUUUAGAUGUGGAGAGCGCAGAGGAGAAUCUCAAGAGCCACCUGGAGUUUUUCAGCACAGAGGAUCAAUUCCACAGUAAUCUGGAGGAGCUCCAAGGCCUGGUGGCCAAGCUGGACCCACUGAUCAAGCCCACUGGCAAAGAAGAUCUGGCACAGAAGAUGGCUUCCCUGGAGGAGAGGAGCCAGAGGACCAUCCAGGGCUCACAUGCCCAGUUAGACCUCUUGCAGAGAUGUACAGUUCAAUGGCAAGAUUACCAGAAAACAAAGGAAGAGGUUAUUGAAUUGAUGAAUGAUGCAGAAAAGAAAUUGUCUGGGUUUUCUUUGUUGAAGACUUCUUCCAGUCAUGCAGCAGAAGAAAAACUGUCAGAACACAAGGCUUUAGAGUCAGUAGUUAACUCUUUCCGUGAGAAAAUUGUGGCCCUAGAGGAGAAAGCAUCCCAACUGGAGAAAAUUGGAAAUGAGGCGAGCAAGGCCACCCUGAGCAGGUCAAUGACCACUGUCUGGCAGCGGUGGACUCGCCUUCGUGCUGUGGCCCAGGACCAGGAGAAGAUUCUGGAAGAUGCAGUGGAGGAGUGGAGGGGCUUGAAUGAUAAGGUUAAAAAAGCCACUGAAAUGAUUGAUCAGCUGCAAGAUAAAAUGCCUGGAAGUUCAGCAGAGAAAGUUUCAAAAGCAGAACUCUUGGCCCUUCUCGAACACCAUGAUACAUGCGCACUGGAGUUGGAACAGCAGCAGCUGGCCUUGGGCACACUACAGCAGCGGGCACUGAGCAUGCUCCAGGAUGUAGCCAUCCCCAGCCCUGGAGAAGAGCCGCCCAUCCUGCAAGAGAUCACAGCAAUGCAAGAUCGGUGCCUCAACAUGCAGGAGAAAGUGAAGAAUAACGGAAAACUGGCAAAGCAGGAGCUGCAGGAUCGAGAAGCAGUGGAAACUCAAAUAAAUUCUGUGAAAUCCUGGGUUCAAGAAACGAAAGAAUAUUUAGGGAAUCCAACAAUAGAAGUUGAUGCUCAGCUGGAAGAACUGCAGACCCUCUUGACAGAAGCCACAAAUCACCGGCAGAACAUUGAGAAAAUGGCUGAAGAACAGAAGGAGAAGUACUUGGGUCUGUACACAAUCCUGCCUUCUGAAAUCUCUCUUCAGUUAGCUGAAGUCGCACUGGACCUAAAGAUCUAUGAGCAGAUCCAAAACAAAGUGAAAGAAGUUGAACGGAGCAAGGCCAUGAGCCAGGAAUAUGGCCGGCAAAUUCAGAAGAUAGCCAAGGAUCUCACAACUAUUCUAACGAAGCUGAAAGCAAAAACUGAAAAUUUAGCUCAAGCUAAAGCUGACCAAAAGAUGCUGGGAGAGGAACUGGAUGGCUGUAAUUUGAAGUUAAUUGAAUUAGAUGCAGCAGUACAGAAGUUCUCGGAACAGAACAGCCAACUGGGCAAGCCAUUGGUCAACAAGAUAGGAAAGCUGACUGAACUCCACCAGCAGACCCUCAGGCAGGCUGAAAAUCGGUUCUCCAAGCUCAACCAGGCGGCAUCCCAUUUAGAAGAAUACAAUGAAAUGCUUGAAUUAAUUUUGAAAUGGAUUGAGAAAGCUAAGGACUUGGUACAUGGAAAUAUUGCAUGGAAUUCUGCAAGUCAGCUUCGGGAACAAUACAUUUUGCAUCAGACCCUGCUAGAAGAGUCUGAAGAAAUUUACACUGAUCUGGAAGCAAUGACGGAGAAAUUGCAGUACCUCUCUAGUGUAUACUGUACAGAAAAGAUGUCUCAGCAAGUGGUGGAACUGGGACGGGAGACUGAGGAGUUGCGGCAGGUGAUCAAAAUUCGAAUGCAGAACCUCCAAGAUGCAGCCAAGGAUAUGAAAAAAUUUGAAGCGGAGCUGAAAAACUUACAAGCUGCUUUGGAACAAGCCCAGACCACCCUAACUUCUCCAGAAGUUGGGCGUUUGAGUCUCAAGGAACAACUGUCUCAUCGACAGCAUUUGCUAUCUGAGAUGGAGUCACUAAAACCGAAGGUGCAGGCUGUGCAGCUCUGCCAGAGCGCUCUCCGGAUCCCCGAGGACGUGGUGGCCAGCCUACCGCUCUGCCACGCUGCUCUGCGGUUGCAGGAGGAGGCGAGCCGGCUGCAGCACACAGCCAUCCAGCAGUGCAACAUCAUGCAGGAGGCUGUUGUGCAGUAUGAGCAAUAUGAGCAAGAAAUGAAGCAUCUCCAGCAACUGAUAGAAGAAGCGCACGGAGAGGUUGAGGACAAACCUGUGGCCACCAGCAACAUCCAGGAGCUGCAAGCCCAGAUUUCUCAGCACGAGGAGCUGGCGCAGAAAAUCAAGGGCUACCAGGAGCAGAUCGCCUCGUUGAAUUCCAAGUGCAAGAUGCUGACGAUGAAAGCCAAGCACGCCACCAUGCUGCUGACGGUGACCGAGGUGGAGGGGCUGGCGGAAGGCACCGAGGACCUGGACGGGGAGCUCCUCCCCGCCUCUUCGACCCACCCCUCUGUGGUCAUGAUGACUGCAGGUCGCUGUCACACUUUGCUGUCACCUGUCACUGAGGAGUCUGGGGAGGAGGGAACCAACAGUGAGAUUUCCUCUCCACCUGCCUGUCGCUCCCCUUCACCUGUGGCUAAUACAGAUGCUUCUGUUAACCAGGACAUUGCUUAUUACCAAGCCUUGUCGGCUGAGCGGCUACAAACAGAUGCUGCAAGGAUUCACCCCAGCACAGCGGCCUCCCAGGAGUUCUAUGAACCAGGACUGGAGCCCUCUGCUACUGCCAAACUGGGUGAUUUGCAGCGUUCUUGGGAAACCUUAAAAAACGUGAUCAGUGAAAAGCAGCGCACCCUCUACGAAGCUUUGGAACGGCAGCAAAAGUACCAGGACUCCCUCCAGUCCAUCUCCACCAAAAUGGAGGCCAUCGAGAUGAAGCUUGGCGAGAGUCUCAAGCCCAGCAAGAGCCCAGAAAGCCAGAUGGCCGAACAUCAGGCCCUGAUGGACGAGAUCCUCAUGCUCCAGGAUGAAAUCAAUGCUCUGCAGUCAGCUCUCGCGGACGAGCUGGUGUCUGAGUCUCGGGAGUGUGACCCCGCAGAGCAGCUGGCCUUGCAGUCCACGCUCACCGUCCUGGCCGAGCGAAUGUCCACCAUCAGGAUGAAAGCGGCUGGGAAGCGGCAGCUCCUGGAGGAGAAGUUAAAUGAUCAGCUGGAGGAACAGAGGCAGGAGCAGGCCCUGCAGAGGUAUCGCUACGAAGCAGACGAGUUGGACCACUGGCUCUUGAAUACUAAAGCCACCCUGGAUGUUGCACUGGGUUCACCUAAAGAGCCCAUGGACAUGGAGGCCCAGCUGGUGGACUGCCAGAAUAUGCUGGUGGAAAUAGAGCAGAAGGUGGUGGCCUUAUCGGAGCUGUCCGUCCACAAUGAAAACCUGCUGCUGGAGGGCAAGGCUCACACCAAGGAUGAGGCUGAGCAGCUGGCGGUGAAGCUGAGGACCCUCAAGGGGAGCCUCCUGGAGCUGCAGAGAGCCCUGCACGACAAGCAGCUCAACAUCCAGCAGGGAGCCGCCCAAGAGAAGGAAGACAGCGAUGUUGACCUCACGGCCACUCAGAGCCCCGGUGUGCAGGAAUGGCUGGCUCAAGCUCGAACCACAAGGACCCACCAGCGGCAGAACAGUCUCCAGCAACAGAAAGAGCUGGAACAAGAAUUAGCUGAACAGAAGAGCCUCCUGCGCUCAGUAGCCAGUCGUGGGGAGGAGAUCCUGACCCAACACUCAGCCUUGGAGACCUCGGGUGGCCUUGGCGAAAAACCUGAUGUGUUAUCCCAGGAAUUGGGGAUGGAAGGGGAGAAAUCAUCUGCAGAAGACCAGAUGAGAAUGAAAUGGGAAAGCCUGCACCAAGAAUUUAGUACCAAGCAGAAACUACUACAGAAUGUUCUGGAACAGGAACAAGAGCAAGUGCUUUACAGCAGGUCAAAUCGACUCCUGUCCGGCGUGCCACUGUACAGAGGGGAUGGGCAGGCGCAAGACAAAUCCGCAGUGACGUCUUUGCUGGAUGGACUGAACCAGGCCUUCCAGGAGGUUUCGUCCCAGGGUGGAGGAGCCAAGAGGCAGGACGUGCACCUGGAGCAAAAGCUGUACGACGGAGUCUCAGCCACCUCCACCUGGCUAGAUGACGUUGAGGAGCGCUUGUUUGUCGCCACCGCACUUCUGCCCGAAGAAACAGAGACGUGUCUCUUCAACCAAGAGGCCCUUGCCAAAGACAUUAAGGAAAUGUCUGAAGAAAUGGAUAAGAAUAAGAACUUGUUUUCCCAAACUUUUCCCGAGAAUGGCGAUAACCGGGAUGUCAUUGAAGAUACUUUGGGGUGUCUUUUGGGCAGAUUGUCCUUAUUAGACACAGUAGUGAAUCAGCGAUGUCAUCAGAUGAAGGAAAGACUUCAGCAAAUACUAAAUUUCCAGAAUGACCUGAAGGUGUUGUUUACAUCACUGGCUGACAAUAAAUACAUCAUUCUGCAGAAACUGGCAAAUGUGUUUGAACAGCCUGUAGCAGAACAAAUAGAGGCAAUACAACAGGCUGAAGAGGGACUAAAGGAACUGGAUGCAGGAAUCACUGAAUUAAAAAGGCGUGGUGACAAAUUGCAGAUGGAGCAGGCUUCCCUACAAGAACUCUCCAAGCUCCAGGACAUGUAUGAUGAGCUGAUGAUGACCAUUGGCUCUCGGAAGAGUGGUCUGAACCAAAAUCUUGCUCUCAAGAGCCAGUAUGAAAGGGCCUUGCAAGAUCUGGCUGACCUGCUAGAAACCGGACGAGAGAAGAUGGCAGGGGACCAGAAAAUCACUGUGUCUUCCAAAGAGGAAAUCCAACAACUGCUCCACAAACAUAAGGAGUACUUUCAGGGCCUGGAAGCUCACAUGAUCUUGACAGAAACACUCUUCAGAAAGAUCAUCAGCUUUGCAGUCCCAAAAGAAACCCAGUUCCACACAGAGCUGAUGGCUCAGGCAUCCGCUGUGCUGAAGGGGGCUCACAAGAGAGGCGUGGAGCUGGAGUACAUUCUAGAGACAUGGUCCCAUCUGGACGAAGACCGCCAAGCACUCAGCAGGCAGCUGGAGGUGGUGGAAAACAGCAUCCCGAGCGUGGGCCUGGUGGAGGAGAGCGAGGACAGGCUCACGGAACGCACAAGCCUCUACCAGCACUUAAAAUCCAGCCUUAAUGAAUACCAGCCCAAAUUAUAUCAAGUAUUAGAUGAUGGAAAACGACUUCUGAUAUCUAUCAGCUGCUCAGAUCUAGAAAGCCAACUAAAUCAACUUGGAGAGCGCUGGCUCAAUAAUACCAACAAAGUGUCUAAAGAACUUCACAGAUUGGAAACAAUUUUGAAACACUGGACCAGGUAUCAAAGUGAAUCUGCAGAUCUGAUUCGCUGGUUACAAUCUGCAAAAGACAGGCUAGCAUUUUGGACUGAACAGUCUGUGACAGUCCCUCAAGAGCUGGAAAUGGUCCGUGAUCAUCUGAAUGCUUUCCUGGAGUUUUCUAAAGAAGUGGAUGCCAAAUCUUCCCUGAAAUCAUCUGUCCUAAGCACAGGAAAUCAGCUCCUUCGAUUAAAGAAGGUGGAUACAGCUGCCCUUCGUACUGAGCUGUCUCACAUUGAUGGCCAGUGGACUGAACUGCUGACCAAUAUUCCAGCUAUACAAGAGAAGCUUCACCAGCUCCAAAUGGACAAGCUGCCUUCCCGCCAUGCCAUUUCUGAAGUCAUGGGUUGGAUUUCUCUGAUGGAAAGUGUUAUCCGAAAGGAUGAAGAGGACAUAAAAAAUGCCAUAGGUUACAAGGCAAUUCAUGAAUAUCUUCAAAAAUAUAAAGGUUUUAAGAUAGACAUAAACUGUAAACAGUUGACGGUCGAUUUUGUGAACCAGUCUGUACUACAAAUCAGCAGUCAGGAUGUGGAGAGCAAGCGCAGUGACAAGACUGAUUUUGCUGAGCAGCUGGGAGCAAUGAAUAAAAGCUGGCAAAUCCUGCAAGGUCUGGUAACUGAGAAGAUCCAGCUAUUAGAAGGCUUGCUGGAAUCUUGGUCAGAAUAUGAAAAUAAUGUGCAGUGUCUAAAAACUUGGUUCGAAACCCAGGAAAAGAAACUGAAACAGCAACAUCAAAUUGGAGAUCAGGCUUCCGUUCAGAACACACUGAAAGAUUGUCAGGAUCUAGAAGAUUUGAUUAAAGCCAAAGAAAAAGAAGUAGAGAAAAUUGAGCAGAAUGGACUUACUUUGAUUCAGAACAAAAAAGAAGAAGUCUCUGGCACUGUCAUGAGCACCCUGCGGGAGCUCAACCAAGCCUGGGCAAAUCUGGACCACAUGGUUGGGCAGUUAAAGAUACUGUUGAAAUCAGUUCUUGACCAAUGGAGCAAUCACAAAAUGGCCUUUGACGAAAUAAACAGUUACCUCAUGGAAGCCAGAUAUUCUCUGUCCCGAUUCCGCCUGCUGACCGGCUCCUUAGAAGCCGUGCGAGUGCAGGUGGACAACCUUCAGAGUCUUCAUGAUGAUCUAGAAAAGCAGGAAAAGAGCUUACAAAAAUUUGGCUCUGUCACCAACCAACUGUUAAAAGAAUGUCACCCACCUGUGACAGAAACUCUCACCAAUACAUUGAAAGAAGUCAAUAUGAGAUGGAAUAACUUGUUGGAAGAGAUUGCUGAGCAGCUGCUCUCCAGCAAGGCCCUCCUUCAGCUCUGGCAGAGAUACAAGGACUACUCCAAACAGUGUGCCUCUACAGUCCAGCAGCAGGAGGACAGAACCAAUGAGUUAUUGAAGGCCGCCACCAACAAGGACAUCGCAGACGAGGAAGUGGCUACAUGGAUCCAGGAUUGUAAUGACCUCCUCAAAGGACUGGGGACAGUAAAGGAUUCCCUUUUUGUUCUCCAUGAGCUGGGAGAGCAGCUCAAGCAGCAAGUGGGUGCUUCAGCAGCCUCAGCCGUCCAGUCCGAUCAGCUCUCUUUGACUCAACACCUAGGUGCCCUGGAGCAGGCUCUUUGCAAACAGCAGACCGUGCUACAGGCUGGAGUAGUUGACUAUGAAACCUUUGCCAAGAGCUUAGAAGCUCUGGAGGGCUGGAUGGUGGAAGCCCAGGAAAUACUGCAAGAGCAAGACCCGACCCACUCCUCUGACCUCUCCACCAUCCAGGAGAGGAUGGAAGAACUGAAGGGACAAAUGUUAAAAUUCAGCAGCAUGGCUCCAGAUUUAGACCGUCUAAAUGAACUGGGAUAUAGGCUACCGCUGAAUGAUAAGGAAAUCAAAAGGAUGCAAAAUCUGAACCGCCACUGGUCUCAGAACUCCUCUCAGACUACAGAAAGAUUCAGUAAGUUGCAGUCAUUUUUACUACAACAUCAGACUUUCUUGGAAAAAUGUGAAACAUGGAUGGAAUUCUUGGUCCAAACGGAACAAAAGUUAGCAGUAGAGAUUUCAGGCAACUAUCAGCAUCUAUUGGAACAGCAGAGAGCACAUGAGUUGUUUCAAGCCGAGAUGUUCAGCCGUCAGCAGAUUUUACACUCGAUCAUUAUUGAUGGGCAACGUCUUCUAGAACAAGGUCAAGUUGAUGACAGGGAUGAGUUCAACCUGAAGUUGACCCUCCUCAGUAAUCAGUGGCAGGGAGUGAUUCGCAGAGCCCAGCAGAGGCGGGGGAUCAUCGAUAGCCAGAUUCGCCAGUGGCAACGCUACAGGGAGAUGGCAGAGAAGCUCCGUAAAUGGUUGGUGGAGGUGUCCUAUCUGCCCGUGAGUGGCCUUGGAAGCAUCCCCGUGCCACUGCAACAAGUCAGGACCCUCUUUGAUGAAGUGCAGUUCAAAGAAAAGGUGUUCCUGCGACAACAAGGGAGCUACAUCCUGACUGUGGAGGCUGGCAAGCAGCUCCUGCUGACUGCAGACAGCGCAGCCGAGGCCGCCUUGCAAGCCGAACUCACCGAAAUCCAAGAGAAGUGGAGAUUGGCCAGCAUGCACCUGGAGGAGCAGAAGAAAAAACUGGCUUUCUUGCUGAAAGACUGGGAAAAAUGUGAAAAAGGAAUUGCUGAUUCCCUGGAGAAACUACGGACAUUCAAAAAGAAGCUUUCCCAGCCUCUACCAGAUCAUCAUGAGGAGCUUCAUGCAGAGCAAAUGCGAUGCAAGGAAUUAGAAAGUGCCGUUGGGAGCUGGACGGAUGACUUGGCAGAGCUGACUUUGCUGCGGGGCUCCCUGUCUGCCUACAUCAGUGCUGACGACAUCUCCAUCCUUAAUGAGCGCAUAGAGCUCCUGCAGAGGCAGUGGGAAGAACUGUGCCACCAGGUCUCCUUGAGGCGGCAGCAGGUAAAUGAGAGACUGAAUGAAUGGGCGGUCUUCAGCGAAAAGAACAAGGAGCUCUGUGAGUGGCUGACUCAGAUGGAGAGCAAGGUUUCUCAGAACGGAGACAUCCUCAUCGAGGAAAUGAUCGAGAAACUCAAGAAGGAUUAUCAAGAGGAAAUUGCUGUUGCCCAAGAGAACAAAAUACAGCUCCAGCAAAUGGGAGAACGACUUGCCAAAGCCAGCCAUGAAAGCAAAGCUUCAGAGAUUGAAUACAAGCUUGGAAAGGUCAACGACCGGUGGCAGCAUCUCCUGGAUCUCAUUGCAGCCAGGGUGAAGAAGCUGAAGGAGACUCUGGUGGCUGUACAGCAGCUUGAUAAGAACAUGAGCAGCCUGAGGACUUGGCUCGCUCACAUUGAGUCAGAGCUGGCCAAGCCCAUCGUCUAUGAUUCCUGUAACUCUGAAGAAAUACAGAGAAAGCUUAAUGAGCAGCAGGAGCUUCAGAGAGACAUAGAGAAGCACAGUACCGGUGUUGCCUCUGUCCUUAACCUGUGUGAAGUCCUGUUGCAUGACUGUGAUGCUUGUGCCACCGAUGCUGAGUGUGACUCCAUCCAGCAGGCUACUCGAAACCUGGACCGGCGGUGGAGAAACAUCUGUGCUAUGUCCAUGGAAAGGAGGCUCAAAAUCGAAGAGACCUGGAGAUUGUGGCAGAAGUUUCUGGAUGACUAUUCUCGGUUUGAAGAUUGGCUGAAGAUUUCAGAAAGGACUGCAGCUUUCCCCAGCUCUUCUGGGGUGCUCUAUACAGUUGCUAAGGAAGAACUAAAGAAAUUUGAGGCUUUCCAGCGACAGGUCCAUGAGAGCCUGACCCAGCUGGAGCUGAUCAACAAGCAGUACCGUCGCCUGGCCAGGGAGAAUCGCACAGAUUCCGCAUGUAGCCUCAAACAGAUGGUGCACGAAGGCAACCAGAGAUGGGACAACCUGCAGAAGCGUGUCACCUCCAUCCUGCGCAGACUCAAGCAUUUCAUUAGCCAGCGCGAGGAGUUUGAGACUGCGCGGGACAGCAUUCUGGUCUGGCUAACAGAGAUGGAUCUACAACUCACUAAUAUCGAACAUUUUUCUGAGUGUGAUGUUCAAGCUAAAAUAAAGCAGCUCAAGGCCUUCCAGCAGGAAAUUUCACUAAACCACAACAAGAUUGAGCAGAUAAUUGCCCAAGGGGAACAGCUGAUAGAAAAGAGCGAGCCCCUCGAUGCUGCAGUCAUCGAAGAGGAACUGGACGAACUCCGUCGCUACUGCCAGGAGGUCUUUGGGCGCGUGGAAAGAUACCACAAGAAGUUGAUCCGCCUGCCUCUGCCAGACGAUGAGCAUGACCUCUCUGACCGGGAGCUCGAUGACUCUGCUGCUCUCUCGGACCUGCGCUGGCAGGACCCCUCUGCGGACGCACUCUCCCCGCAGCCUUCCUCCAACCCCUCCCUCUCCCUUCCCCAGCCCCUCCGGAGCGAGCGGUCGGGAAGGGACACCCCGGCCAGCGUGGACUCCAUCCCCCUGGAGUGGGAUCAUGACUAUGACCUCAGUCGUGACCUGGAGUCUGCAGUGUCCAGGACUCUGCCCUCUGAGGAUGAAGAGGGUCAGGAAGACAAGGAAUUCUACCUCAGGGGAGCUGUUGGCUUAUCAGAUGUAGUGAUCCCUGAAAGCCCUGAGGCCUAUGUAAAACUCACAGAAAAUGCAAUCAGAGAUACCUCUGGAGAUCGUAGCGCCUUGGAGUCACAGAUCCGACAAUUGGACAAAGCCCUGGAUGACAGCCGCUUCCAGAUGCAGCAAACUGAAAAUAUUCUUCGCAGCAAAACUCCCACGGGGCCAGAGCUGGACUCCAGCUACAAAGGCUAUAUGAAACUGCUGGGAGAAUGUAGUGGCAGCAUAGAUUCAGUGAGGAGAUUGGAGCACAAGCUGAAGGAGGAAGAAGACAGCUUUCCUGGCUUUGUCAACCUGAAUAGCACCGAGACCCAGACAGCUGGUGUCAUUGACCGAUGGGAGCUGUUACAGGCCCAGGCAUUGAGCAAGGAGUUGAGAAUGAAGCAGAACCUCCAGAAAUGGCAGCAGUUCAACUCGGACCUGAACAACAUCUGGGCCUGGCUGGGGGAGACAGAGGAAGAACUGGAGCAUCUCCAACGCUUGGAGCUCAGCACCGACAUCCAGACCAUCGAGCUCCAAAUCAAAAAGCUCAAGGAGCUUCAGAGAGCCGUGGACCACCGCAAAGCCAUCAUCCUCUCCAUCAAUCUCUGCAGUUCUGAGUUCACCCAGGCUGACAGUAAGGAGAGCCGGGACCUGCAGGACCGGUUGUCCCAGAUGAACGGGCGCUGGGACCGGGUGUGCUCUCUGCUGGAGGACUGGCGGGGACUGCUGCAGGACGCACUGAUGCAGUGCCAGGAUUUCCAUGAAAUGAGCCAUGGUUUGCUUCUGAUGCUGGAGAAUAUCGACAGGAGGAAAAAUGAAAUUGUCCCUAUCGAUGCCAGCCUUGAUGCAGAGAUACUUCAGGACCAACAUAAACAGCUUAUGCAAAUAAGGCGUGAGCUGUUGGAGUCCCAGCUCAGAGUGGCCUCACUGCAAGACAUGUCUGGCCAACUCCUGGUGAAUGCUGAAGGUACAGACUGUUUAGAAGCCAAAGAAAAAGUCCAUGUUAUUGGGAACCGGCUCAAACUUCUCUUGAAGGAGGUCAGUCGGCAUAUCAAAGAUCUGGAGAAGUUAUUGGACAUGUCGAGCAGUCAGCAGGACUUGUCCUCCUGGUCUUCUGCUGAUGAGCUGGACACCUCGGGAUCUGUGAGUCCUGCAUCAGGAAGAAGCACCCCGAACAGACAGAAAUCGCCACGAGGCAAAUGUAGUCUCUCACAGCCUGGACCCUCUGUCAGCAGUCCAAAUAGCAGGUCCACAAAAGGUGGCUCCGAUUCCUCCCUUUCUGAGCUACGGCCAGCUCGGUCAGGCAGAGCCUUCCUGCUCAGAGUCCUCCGGGCGGCUCUCCCCCUUCAACUCCUCCUGCUGCUCCUCGUGGGGCUCGCCUGCCUUGUACCAAUGUCAGAGGAAGACUACAGUUGUGCCCUCUCCAACAAUUUUGCCCGGUCAUUCCACCCCAUGCUCAGAUACACAAAUGGUCCUCCUCCACUCUGAAUCAAGCAGAUGCUUGCUACAGAAGUGUUGGUAGCAUCAGGAGGAUUGGGCCAGCAGCAAGCCCAAACCAUCAGAGGAUUUGAUCUUGAUGAAAGCCCUCCAUGUGGCAACUUUAGCUCUCCUCCAUAUCCAUGUGUGCAAGUCACGGCUUCAGAUGUGGUUGAUAAACAAUGAUGUAAAUGGAAGGUUUCGAAGAAAUAUUGUUCCAGACUCUGAGCCUUAGCACUGAAGUAAGGACAUCCAGUUUCCUGGACUCAUGAAUUCUGGGCCAUUGGCCCAUUCAAUGCAUAGCCAAGGACUUCAGUAGACCACCUGGGCAGCUUUCCCAUGGUGCUGCUCCACCACCCAAUCAACCAAGGACCCUUAUCAUACAAUCUACCAACCAAUCAGUGCUGAAGAGAUUUUAGAACCUUGUAACAUACAAUUUUUAAGAGCUUAUAUGGCAGCUUCCUUUUUACCUUGUUUUCCUUUUGGGCAUGAUAUUCUAACCUUUGCUUUAGAAGCACAAGCUGUAAAUUCUCAAGGCACUUUUUUUAAAGGUAUAAAAAAAAAGAUGUAAUAAAUAAGGUUAUGGAAGGCUUUAUGUGAAAAAAGUUGAAUGUUAUAGUAUUAAAAAAAGAUAUUUAUGUAUGUACAGUUUGCUAAAGCCAAGUUUUGUUUGUAUUGAUUUAUUUGCAUUUAUUAUAGAUACUGUACAAUA